AUGAAUCCAUUCAUACGCAAGGCCAGAGCUGAUGCCGCCUGGCACCGGGUCGGCCUUGUCUCGUCGUUUCCGGACCUCGAAGCAGACGGCGACGGCACCCGCAUCGCGCCACGAUGCAAAGCCUUGCACGUUCCUAGAGCAGACGGCCUCUGUGAAUCGGCCGCGACCGAGGAAGUGGAUCUCGAUCUUCCAGGAGACAUGAAGGAUCAGGUCCUUGUCUUCAAGUACAAGGGAACCUUUCACGCCAUCGACCAUUCCUGCCCUCACUCGUCCUUUCCUCUGUCUCAGGGCAGCCUGUUUGACAUUGAGGACUUUGGCAUCGCCCUGAGCGCUGGUCUGACAUGUCCCAAGCACGGCUGGUCCUUUGACAUUUUCUCGGGGCUCUCGGAUCGUGGCAGCUACAAGCUCAAGGUCUGGGAGGUCCAGCUGCGGGAGCGGGCGUCCAUCGACGAGAAGGCCGACGCCGGCGACAUGGAAGUUUGGGUCAGGCGAAAGCAACGAAUGGGUUGA